AUGGAUCACAUGAACAAAUCCACAAUUUCUGAAUUUGUUUUAGUAGGUCUCUCUGGAUCAUGGACACUUCAGAUUCUCUAUUUUAUGUUCUUUUUUGUGCUCUAUGGUGCCACUGUUGUGGGCAACCUCCUCAUUGUCCUCACAGUGACAUUUAGUUCCCAUCUGAACUCUCCAAUGUACUUUCUCCUUGGAAACCUCUCCUUUUUUGACAUGUGCCUCUCUACUGUCACUACACCCAAGAUGAUUGUUGAUUUGCUCAGAGAACAGAGGACUAUAUCCUUAUGGGGAUGUAUGACUCAGAUGUUUUUUAUGCAUUUAUUUGGGGGUGCUGAGAUGACUCUCCUCAUUGCCAUGGCUUUUGACAGAUAUGUUGCCAUAUGUAAACCUCUUCAUUACACAUCUAUCAUGAGCCGUCACCUACUCCAAAGAUUUGUGCUAUUCUCAUGGACCAUUGGUUUCAUACACACUAUGAGUCAAAUGGUUUUGACUAUAAACUUACCUUUUUGUGGCCCCAAUGUUGUGGAUAAUCUUUUCUGUGAUCUUCCCCUAGUGAUCAAACUUGCCUGUAAGGACACCUAUAUUCUAGAAUUCUUUGUCAUUGCUGACAGUGGGUUACUCUCACUGAUUUGUUUCAUUCUAUUGUUUUUAUCUUACACUGUCAUUCUGGUCACUGUUCAUAAUCACUCCACUGGUGGACUGUCAAAAGCUAUCUCUACACUCUCUGCUCAUAUCACUGUGGUGACUCUUUUCUUUGGGCCAUGUAUCUUCAUUUAUGCUUGGCCAUUUAGCAACUUUUCAGGGACUAAAAUUCUCUCUGUGUUUUAUACUGUUAUCACACCUCUGUUAAACCCCAUUAUUUAUACUUUGAGGAAUCAAGAGAUGAAGGUAGCCAUCAGAAAACUUAGGACCCAGCAUAUUAACUCCAAAUAA